AUGCUUAACGAAAUUAUAAAACAGCAAAAAUUAUCAAAUUAUAUUAUAUAACUAUAUUUAUUAUAACAUUACUUACGUACGUAAUCAAUAAGAUGUGGAAAAAUUGCGAAUAUGAUCGUUCGCUAAUUAUACAUACACAAAAACAAAAAAGUUUCAUAGGAAAUCAAUUUUUUUUUACUUCAUGACGUUUAAAUUUUUUUAUGGGUAAAUAACUAAAAAGAUUGUUUCGAAUGUUAUAUAUAUUAUCACACAGAAAUACAACAGAAAUACAUUUGUAAGAUACAUUAUUCCAUAUAAAAUAUUUAGUGAAUUAUUUUGUGUACAUAAAUAUGCUAUAAAUACAUUCAAUAAUAUUGUGAUAAAAAAAAACAGCGCAAUAAUAUUAUCACUAAGAAAAAAAGAGAAAUUAAAAAUUAUAAAAGUAACACGUAUGUAAUUCACGUCAUUUAUUUAAAAAUAUAAAUACAUAAAGAAUUCAGUAAAAUGUUCAAUUUAUAUCAGAGUUUAAAUAAAAGAGAUGAUGAUCAUAAAGAAUCAGAUGUCACAGGACAUGAUAGAUUUUGGCAGGAACGUCCGAAAACGCGUCGAAAACGUCGUGCUAUCAAUCGAAGAACUCAAAGUGUCAUUGAACUCGAUUCUGAGGCUAUAGUCUCUGCUCGAAGUACUCUUAGGCGUGGAAGAAGCGCAAGUAUCGAAGACGAAGAUAGUGACGAAGAAAAGAAUUAUCAAUUGACCAAUAAAAUUGACAAUCUAGCCAAAAUAUUAUUUAAUCGUGUAUCUGCUGCUCGAAGUUGUAAAGAUUCUAAUGUUAGAGAACGAUGGUUGCUCACUAAUAAUGCUAAUGCGACCAAUACAAUUUGUAGUUGUUGGUGUGUGCAUUUAAUUUGUUAUUGGUAUCAUUUGAGGAAUCGUUCAUCAACGCAAGAAAUAAUUCAUAAGCGCAAUUAUUCAAAUAAAACUGAAAACAAUAUCGUUGAUUGGAAUGGAAAGCAUAAUUAUACAGAAUUGGGUCACGGAUCAUCUAUUUAUGAAGGUGUUGGCGAAUGUAUGGAAAUGGAGAAGAGGUCUAGGGAUCGUGCCUUAUCAAUUUGUCAAACUUAUGUUUGUAGAACAUCACGUUAUAAUUUCGUUAAACAGCUAAAUAAUCUCGGUUCUAGAAUGGACAAACAUUGGUUUAUAGUCAGAGAUACUUCUUUAAAAACGGAUCGAUUGAUUACGUUAGUUCCAUUGACUAAAAACUGUUCAUUGAAUAUAACUCCAAUGACGAAGAAUGUUUUGAAUGAUUUAUUCUUAGCCCUGCAACAUCCAUACAUAUGCCCUAUAUUUGAUAUCGAUUUUCUUGAAUAUGAUAAUAAAAAUUAUGUAAUUGUAGUUCAGCCAAUAAGUCAAGGUAGUCUGAAAGAUUUGAUAUAUGGAAUCGAAAGAACAGGUUGGAAUGAAGAUUGGAAUCAAAAAUAUAGUUCUCGUGGUAAAGGACUUCCUUUACCUCAAGUUCAACAAAUGGGACGUCAAAUAUUGGAAGCAUUAAUUUUUUUAAAAGAAAGAGGAUUUCCGACUGUAAUCCAUUUGCAUUCGGGAAAUGUGCUCAUUCAAAAUGGAGUCGCACGUCUCGCUGGCCUUGAAAAUACGCUUCUUGGUUUUACCAGUCGAAUACAUCCAUUAAUUAUUUCUCGAAUAUCACAAACUAUUUCAAUUGACAUGACAUGUUUUGGUCAUAUGUUAUUUGAGAUGUGCGCUGGUUACGAAUUACCAUCAUUUAAGCCAAAUUCUGUUCAUCUAUCGGAUAUUGAAAUGUAUCCUCAAGUCAUUGAAUUAUUCAAAUUCAUAUUUGAUGAAUUAUCUAAUCGUCAUAAAAUUAUCGAGGAAAUUCUUGUUCAUGAUUUAUUCAGAAAUAUUGAUCUUCGUGAAAUGCGAAGUGCUCCCGUUACGUUAUUUCGUCCAAUCUUAACGCCGCCCAUUGUAAACUUUCUCGACAAUAUUAAACGACAAAAUGCUAAUAAGAGAAUUAUACAUUUCGAUAGUAUUGACAUUGAUAUGACGUCUUUACAUAGACGAUAUUCCAUUUGUAAAAAUUCUUUACUUGACGAAAUCUACGACGAACUUUCGAAUACAACUGUAUAAUUACAAAAAUAUUUAUUUUGUUGCUAUUAAUAUAUUCAUAUAUUUCUUUACAAAAA